AUGGCCGUCACACAAUACUCACUACCUCCCCUCCCAUAUGCCUACGAUGGCAUCCUGACUAACCCACACCUCUUUGCAUCCCCACAGGCCCUCGAACCAGCCAUCAGCGCCCAAAUAAUGCAACUCCACCACUCCAAACAUCAUCAAACCUACAUAACCAAUCUCAACGCCGCUCUAACCUCCCAACUGCACGCUCUGAUCUCUAACAAUCUCCCUCUCCAACUCGCCAAUCAACAAAUCAUCACUUUCAAUGGCGGUGGCCAUAUAAACCAUUCUUUGUUUUGGGAAAAUCUGUGCGCUGCUUCCGAGUCCAAAGUCACCGAUGCGAAACAAGUGGUUGCGGAGAUUGAAAAGCAAUGGGGCGGGAUCGAAGAGUUCAAAGACCGCUUUUGGGAAAAUGAUCCUAUUACUAUUAGACUAACGCCAUUGCUAGGUGUAGAUAUGUGGGAGCAUGCGUACUACCUCCAAUAUUUGAAUGUCAAAGCUGCAUAUCUGGAGAAUAUCUGGACAGUCAUUAAUUGGAAGACGGUAGAGGAAAAAUUCAAGGGUGGCAGAGAAGAUGUGCUUAAAUUCCUUCGUGCGAGCAUUUGA